AUGGUUGCUGAUUCGUCGUUUAUUCCAUCACCAAUAGUUAGAAGCAAAAGUUCAUGGAGUAUUUCAGUACCAUCAAACAAAAACACUGAACUUACUCGUGGAUACACACGAAUAUGGCCCUGUAAUGUUAAACUUUCAAGAUACCAAACACUGACACAUCCUAGCAAUUAUUAUAAUUAUGCAAGAAAAUCUGUCUAUCCUCGUCAUAGUGAAACAAUGUGGAAUUUAGUUAAUAAAGCAGCUAUCCAGAAUGCUGCUCAUGAACGAGCUGAAGCAGAAGAUUUACGUUUACAAACAUGGCAAAAAAUUCAACAAGCUAACAGACAAACUAGAAAUCGACAAGCUGAAGUAACAAAUAAACUACGUGAAAGAGUGGAGGAAAUAAGUCACUGGAAAAAUGCAUUAAACACUGAAAUUCAUUUGAAUGAUCAAGAACAAGAAAGAUUAAAAACGAGCAUACAACUUCUGAAUUACAAUAAAGACUACAUUCGAAAACCAUUAGAAAUCGCUGAAGGAUGCUUGGCAAACAGGGAACAAAGACAAGGUAUUGAUGAAGUUAAAGAUAUUGUCGAGAAAGCAUUGAGUAAAGAAGUACAAAUUGUUAAUAAAGGCAUUGAGCAGAUUGAUAAACUUAUUGAAAAAGCAGAUAUUCAGCUAAAACUUUUACGUUCAACACAAAAUGAGCUACAAAAAGAUGCUAAUGAUAAGAAUCAUGCUCAUAAAAUUGAUGAUCACUUAUUUGGUCUGUGUAAUUCGUCAGCAAAUAUUGCUCUUUACGAUGGAAUUGAAUAUAUAGACAACACUCGGAGUAACCCUACUUCAUGGAUGAAAUAUACUCAAGAGAAUUUAAUUCGAUCACAAAAUCAACGUAAUGCAUCCGAAAACCUACGUGAGAAAAUCGACACUACAUUAAGAAGUGUCAUCGGAAACGUGCACAGUCAAUUUGUCAGCGUAAACAAUGCACUCCAAACUCGAAUUACGGAGGUAGCCAGUGCAAGAGAUGAUCUCCGUUUAUCCUUGAGAAAAGUUACCCAAGAAUUAUAUGAAGUGGAAAACUUAAUAGAUGCAAUUAAGAAAACCACAGACGAUAAAAUGAAACCGCUAAAAGUUGCACAAACGAGAUUGAAAGAAAGAACUAGAAGAAUAAAUGUUGAAAGUUGCUAUGACCAACCAAUGAAAACCCUUCAGACCGAAGUUCUGGAACUUAGGAAAACAAUUGAAGAACUGAAAAACGAAAGAAGAAAUGCCUGCUUAACAUUAGCUCGACUACAGAAGAGUCGAGCGUUGCUAGAAAAGGAAAUAGAAACAAAAGAGAAUUCUCUGUCAAUCGAUCAAAAGUGUUUAAGUAUGCGGAAAAGUUUUCCCAUAAAAGACAAACAUGGAUCGUUGUACGCUAUUCCAGUUAGCUACUAG